GUACAGUUGGAUAUCCAAGUCUGUCUCUCAGCACGGAACGUUUAGCAGGUUAUAGCCUGCAUAUAUAAAGUUCAUUCUUUAAUGCAAGCAACUAUAGUACCUUUGUCAUGAUGGCGCUGGUUAAACCCUAUCAGCCUUCCUGGACUAUUCCCAUCCAGACUUUACCCAACGAAAUACUGGCAGCUAUAUUCACAGCAGGUGCAGCAAGACCAACGUCAUUUCAGGAAUAUCGAGACAUCCCUUUCCCAUGUAUUGUUUCUAGCGUCAAUCGCCAUUGGCGAGAAGUGGCACUCCAUCUGCCUAUCAUUUGGACCACGGUGGUAAUAUCCGACGAUAGGCCACUCAACUUACCUACAUUAUGUCUGCAAAGGUCCGGUGAUAUGCAAAUACACGCAUUCGUUUUUAUCUCAAACCUAGGUGGUUGCGAUUUCAAAACGAUCUCUUCGUUGUUGGACU